AUGCGAGAGCAUCAUGCUCGCCGCUCUGCUGCCUCAGAGCUUCCUGUCCAUGGCGAGAAGGAGGGCGCCUCGUUCCAGGUGAUAGUGCUGGGACAUUCUGGUGGGCCGCGUGAAGACACUGUGACGGGCAUGCUCGUGAGAGCCGCUCAGACAGAAUGGCGCAAGAGUUCCAUGAUUGCCGUCGAUGCUGGCGCUCAUCUCGCCAACAUCAUCCACAUCCUCGAACGAGAAAUGCCGCCUACCUCGGAGAAAGUGCCGCCCAAGGGUUAUUCCCAUUUACUGGAGCAUGGCCCGUUUGCCGGCAUUAGCUUCCCCUGUAUUUCUGCAAAGGCGAAUGCGCUGUACAUUUUCCGAGAUAUCCUUCAUGCCUUUCUCAUCACCCAUCCUCACUUGGACCAUCUCUCAGCCAUGGCCAUCAACACCCCGGCGCUGGAGUACGGCCGAGAGGCCAAAGCAAUUGUUGCUCUACCGUCGACCAUCGAGGCCAUCAAGAACCAUAUCUUCAAUGACUGGCUUUGGCCGAACCUGUCUGACGAGGGACAUGGCGUUGGAUUCGUCACAUAUCGGCGACUGAUCGAAGGCGGGAAUCCAAGGCUAGGCUCGGGCGACUCGCGAGGAUAUGUCAAUGUUUGUGACGGCCUUGCAACAAAGUGCUGGAGUGUGAGCCAUGGAAAAUGCCACAGGCGAGCCCACAGCGUAUCACACCAGCAUUCCGAUUCCUUUGGCUGGAAUCAGCCCGAUUACAAUUUCUCCUCUAGGAGGCUGUCCCGAAUAUCCGACGACCAUGGCUAUUUUGCUGCCGUCGCUCACCAGCAGUCCCAAGCUCCCUCGCAACUCCCACCUGCUCCCAUGACGCCUGGUGUUGCCGGAGCACCAGCUCAUUUCGACCCCAAUCACAUGUUCGAACCAGUAGCGAGUUCUGCCUUCUUUAUCCGGAAUGAUGCGACUGGCAACGAAUUGCUGAUCUUCGGUGACAUUGAACCCGAUAGUGUGAGUAUGUCACCCCGGAACUACAUUGUUUGGGACGACGCGGCCGGGAAGUUCGCCAGUGACAGUCUCAAAGCGAUCUUCAUCGAAUGUUCUUAUGACGAUAGUGUGCGCAACGAAGAUCUCUACGGGCACCUCUGUCCGAGGCACCUGAUUGCUGAACUGACCUUCCUUGCACACAGCGUUCUGUACAGACGUAAACAACUAGCUAAUGAAGAAGCGACUUCUCCGAUCGACGAUUUUACCGACGGCCAGGGCCAGGACAAGCUGCUUGAUGCGUCUGCUUCAUCGUCAGCUGAACCCGGCAUGAGCAUGCGCCAACCACCCACACCCAGCGAACUGAAGCGCAAACGCAAACGGGCCACCGUUAACGGCGACUUGCAGACGACGCCAGAACUCGCACCUACGAGCUUCGACACCGUACCCUCCCCCUCACAGCCUCUACCCGGUGCAUAUGUCGGCAAUCGAGCCGUUUCCUCGUCGAGACGCAAGACAUCGCAUCCCCACCACACCUCUGACACCAUCGUCGCGGCACCAAUCAUCGCACCCAUGCCGGCUGGUGGGCGCGGCCGCUCUGUCCAGUUCCAGCCUCCGACAUUGCCAGGAGCGCCUAGUGCUACUCCAGGGGCAGCAGUGGCAGGAGCAGGAGCAACAGCUGUAGUCCCUCCUCCCGUGCUGAGGGAGAAGCUCCAUGAGCCCCUGAAGGGACUGACGGUCCAUAUUAUACACGUGAAAGACACGUUGAUGGACGGGCCCGACCCUGGGGAUGUCAUCGUUGGACAAUGCCGGGCUCUCUCAGAGGAGGCAGGCCUGGGCUGCGAGUUCAAUGUCACCAAGGGUGGGCAGAGUAUUUGGGUCUGA